AUGAGCGCUGAUAAAGUGACGCAAUUGGUCAACAUGGGGUUUGAACGGUCUCAAGCCGUGCAAGCUCUUGUUACAUGUAAUGAUCAGCUUGAAUUGGCAAUUCUGCAUUUGUGUGGAGAUAUCGCCCCUCAGAGUGCUACUCCCACUACUACCACCAGCAAUAUCAAACAGGAUACAGUGGAAAUCAGUAACCCUGAUGAUAUCCCUGAUUUGUCUCAAUAUACCCAUGGCAUCCAAGAGAUGGGAGUAAUGACAUCUUAUCAAGUACAUAAAGCUGCUGCUGAUGCUGAUGCUGAUGCUGAUGCUGAUGCUGAUGUUGAUAGUGGUGCUGAUAAUAACGAUACUGAUAACAUUGCUAAGUCUGCUCCCCCUCAAGAUGCUUUCGAAGUACUGGACUCCGAUUUUAAUGAAAUUUCACGAAGUCAACUGCAAACUCCUGGAGAUGUUGGUAGUCGCUAUCCAUAUGAUAAUGUUCACCAGAACCAGACCCCAGAGCCUUCAGUCUUUGAUGACCCUCAUAAACUUCUCCCUAAAGAGGAUGAGGUAGUUUCACCAGUUGUUUUGGCCAAUGGCAAGUUUCUAGAAGGUUAUGUUGCCCCAUUAUUCACUAUCUUAGGUCAAUUGAAUGUAUUUGAUAAGGCUAUCUUUGACUUGUUGUUACCUGAACACCUGUUGGUCUAUAAUCCUGAAUGGUUCCGUAAGAAGUCUACUAUUGUGAAGACAGAGGCCCUGAAUCCAAAUCUUAGAGACUCUAAAACGGUAGAAUAUUUGAUACUUUUACAGCUUUUGCUUUCGUAUCUUCGUUCGGGAGAUUCUAAAAGGCCCUUUGUGGUUGGGAACUUCCUAUCGGAGAACAUUCCCUUGGAGUUAAGACAAAACCUUAUCAAUAUAGAUGAUGUUCUGGACCUGUUGCUUAGUUUCUAUAGACACUUGGACGAAAGCUAUCAAGCUGUUUCAAGCAAUUCAGCAUCAUUGAGCCACUUAUUCCAAUCAGAAAUCCAAGGACCUCAAGACCCAGUAAAAUUGCUUAGUAUUAGCUUGGAUAGCGAAGUACUUGGUGAGUCUGGUAGUAUACAGCAAUGGCUUAACAAAGUGUUUUUAACAGAAGAACAAACCCAUAGUUUUUCAUAUGUGUCUCCGAUAUUAUCCUUCAGUAUCAGUCGUGAUGGUGAUGAUAGUUUUAUACCUGAAGAUACUCAAAUAGAUGAGUAUUUGUAUCCACAUUUAUAUGCUACCAAGUAUAUUGAAAUCAUCGAUAAGAUGAAGCAAAGGCGAGAGGAUUUGGCCAGGGAAAGACAAUCACAAAAUCAGGAAUUACUGGGGUUGACAUCCUUUGAAGGGUUCAAUGUGAGUAAACUUAUGGCUAGGGCUAUUGAUUCUAUGGCCGAUGAAGAUGCCAGAAAUGAUUUAAUUCAAAUCCAAGAUGCUUUGAGACAAGAGAAAUCCACACUUUCUCAUCAGCUUAUGACUGGAAGCAAUAAAUAUGCUAGUUUGGACAUACAAGACUUUGACAAUGUCAUGGCAUAUUUGAAACAUAACAAUAUCGAACAGCCUCCAAAGUUUAUAUUGACUGGGAUUAUUAUUUCACCUGUUGAAUAUUACGUUCGAGAGACCCACUCUUCUGAUUCUUGGAGAUAUGUUAGGGAACUACAGACUGCCAAAGGGACUCUUCGAGAUUAUAUCCACGAAGCUGGCCUUCACUUUGAGUCUAUUCAACAAAGUAUAGGUGAGAACAUGGCUAGGUACCUUAUGGAGAGUCCACUAUUGCUCAUAUAUGUUGAAGAGAGUAUUUUUUUUGAAGAAAAUGAGUUUACAGUUCCUGAGAAGAUCAAGAACUUUAUCCACGAAGACAAUGAGUAUUUAGCGCAACAAAGGAAGACGUUGGAAAAGGAUAACGAUAAGGAAGUUGUUGAAAUAUCAGAUGAUGACGAAGACGAAGUUGAUGAUCACGACAGUGAUACAGUUCUUCUUAAAAUGGUUAAUAAAAAACUAUCAGAAACAAGUAAUGAAGAAUAG